GAACAAACGCCGCUCGAGAGUAUUAACCACAUUUUGUCGAAAUCAGCAGCUCCAUGGCUGCAUCAAUCGUGAAGCCUUGAGAGCUUGAAGACAUUCCCCUGAGCUUCGACGGAGGAAGAUUUCGCCUAUACUGAUUUCCGCCGUUUGAAUUUGAUCGGAGCAUUUUGUUUUUUCACAAACUUUCAUAUCUUUAACGACGUCGUUAGUACUGAAGAAAAACCCUAAAGAGUAAAGACCCUAACGGCGUCGUAUUAAAACCCUAAAACGGCUUCGUAUUAAAACCCUCUGUCUUAUAAAUAAUCUCUUAAAACCCUUUCUUCUUCUCUUACAUUUUCAGCUGCUCAUAAACCCUAAAAAUCCUCUCUUUUUCUCAACCUUGAUUCUUAGCCAUGGAGUUCUGGGGAAUUGAAGUUAAAUCAGGAAAGCCAGUUACAGUGACUCCUGAAGAAGGCAUUCUUAUCCACGUUUCUCAGGCAUCGCUUGGAGAAUGUAAAAACAAGAAGGGAGAGUUUGUGCCUUUACAUGUAAAGGUUGGGAACCAGAACUUGGUUCUGGGAACUCUAUCGACUGAGAACAUCCCUCAGCUUUUCUGUGAUUUGGUAUUCGACAAGGAGUUUGAGCUUUCUCACACUUGGGGAAAAGGAAGUGUUUACUUUGUUGGAUACAAAACUCCCAACAUUGAGCCACAAGGCUAUUCUGAGGAAGAAGAGGAAGAAGAGGAAGAAGUUCCUGCUGGGAAUGCUGCCAAGGCUGUAGCUAAACCAAAGGCUAAGCCUGCAGAAGUGAAGCCAGCUGUUGAUGAUGAAGAGGAUGAGUCUGAUUCUGACGGAAUGGAUGAAGAUGAUUCUGAUGGUGAGGAUUCUGAGGAAGAAGAGCCUACACCUAAGAAGCCUGCAUCAAGCAAGAAGAGAGCUAAUGAAACUACCCCUAAAGCACCUGUGUCAGCAAAGAAGGCGAAAGUAGCAGUUACUCCUCAGAAAACAGAUGAGAAGAAGAAAGGGGGAAAGGCUGCAAACCAGAGCCCAAAGUCGGCCAGUCAAGUCUCAUGUGGUUCAUGCAAGAAGACUUUCAACUCAGGGAAUGCACUUGAGUCUCACAACAAGGCCAAGCACGCUGCUGCCAAGUGAAGUGGUUUCUUAUUAGAGCUUGUGAUUUCUAUGGAAUUUUGCCUGUAGUCUUUAUGAAACCUUCGGAUUUUCUUAUAUUUUCUUUUGAUAACAAGAGUCUUAAUGAAAGAGAGCCAGUUGGAGUCUUAUUACCACUAUAUUUCAACAUUCUAUCUUGGCUCAAAUGUGUUAAUUUUAGAUUCACGUUUUCACCAUUUUCUGUUUCCACAAAUCUGUUGGCCAAUAGCAGAGUUUAUUAGAAGAAUAAAUGAAGGUUUCACAACAUUAAAAAUGAUCAAUCCUUUAAGCCAG